AACAGGUUUGAACGGCAGACUGACACUGUGUCGGGUGCACUGAAGGCUGGAUCAAACCCUCUCUUGGAGGAGUACGCUUCAUUUUUCUGUGGAUUUCAGCCGGAGACGCCGAGAUUUAUCGUUGAAAUCUGGGGAUUUUUUUUCAUAUUCUUCUAUGAGCUCGGCGCGGCGAGAAGCCGGAGGGAAGGGACAGUGACAUUCCGCUGGAAGAAGCUGCUAUUACCCCGCAAAGAAACGCCAACAAAGAGCGUUCAAGGAAGUAUCCUGCUGCCUGGCGAGGGAACCAAGUUAGUUCGGCAACAAAUACAAAGUAGCUAACAGCAGCGGAUACAUUCUCCACCAUGGUUUACAGCAGGCUUCUUCGCACCGUUUGGACUUUACUGUUUUUUAUUCUGUUUUUAAAUGUGGGAAUUUUCCGAGUAAAUGGGCAGUACGGCGGCGGUGACCGAGGAAUGUCUAUACCGGAGCACGGAUUUUGCCAGCCCAUUUCCAUUCCGCUGUGUACGGACAUCGCGUACAACGAGACUAUCAUGCCGAACCUGCUCGGCCACACCAACCAGGAGGAUGCGGGGCUGGAGGUGCACCAGUUCUACCCGCUGGUCAAAGUCCAGUGCUCCCCGGAUUUAAAGUUCUUCCUCUGCUCCAUGUAUGCGCCCGUGUGCACGGUGCUCGAGCAGGCGCUGCCUCCGUGCCGCUCUCUGUGCGAGCGCGCGCGGCAGGGCUGCGAGGCGCUCAUGAACAAGUUCGGCUUCCAGUGGCCCGACAGCCUCGCGUGCGAGACCUUCCCGGUGCACGGCGCGGGGGAGCUGUGCGUCGGGCAGAACAUGUCAGACCGCACCGAGCCGGAGGGCCCCGGCCCGUACCCCACCGAGCGCACGAUACCUGACCCCAUGAACGGUCAGUUCAGGUGCCCGGCCUCGCUGAGGGUGCCUCCCUACCUGAACUACCGCUUCCUCGGCCAGGAGAACUGCGGCGCUCCUUGUGAGCCGAAGAGAUCUCACGGGAUGAUGUACUUCAGCGAGGAGGAGCUCAAGUUCGCCAGGAUAUGGAUCGGCAUUUGGUCAGUGUUGUGUUGUGCGUCCACUUUAUUCACCGUGCUGACCUACCUGGUGGACAUGAAGCGCUUCAGCUACCCAGAGCGGCCUAUUGUCUUCCUCUCCGGCUGCUACACCAUGGUGUCCAUCGCCUACAUUGCUGGAUUUUUACUGGAGGACAGGGUGGUUUGUAAUGACAGGUUUGACAAUGACAUAAGGACUGUGGUGCAGGGCACCAAAAAGGAGGGCUGCACCAUCCUCUUCAUGAUGCUGUACUUCUUCAGCAUGGCCAGCUCAAUCUGGUGGGUCAUUCUGGCUCUCACCUGGUUCCUGGCAGCAGGGAUGAAAUGGGGCCACGAGGCCAUCGAGGCUAACUCUCAGUACUUCCACCUGGCGGCCUGGGCCGUGCCCGCCAUCAAGACCAUUACCAUCCUAGCUGUGGGGCAGGUGGAUGGAGACGUAUUGAGCGGGGUUUGCUUCGUGGGCAUCAACAGCGUGGAUGCCCUGCGAGGCUUCGUCUUGGCGCCUCUGUUUGUCUACCUGUUCAUCGGAACCUCCUUCCUCUUGGCAGGCUUUGUGUCCCUGUUUCGCAUUCGGACCAUCAUGAAGCAUGAUGGCACCAAGACGGAGAAGCUGGAGAAGCUGAUGGUGCGGAUAGGGAUCUUCAGCGUGCUAUACACUGUGCCGGCCACCAUCGUCAUUGCCUGCUACUUCUACGAGCAGGCUUUCAGAGAGCAGUGGGAGAGGACGUGGAUCAGCCAGACGUGUAAGACGUACGCCGUGCCAUGUCCUAUCCAGAACCACCCCAACAUGAGUCCUGACUUCACCGUCUUUAUGAUAAAGUAUCUCAUGACGCUUAUUGUGGGCAUCACCUCUGGCUUCUGGAUCUGGUCUGGGAAGACCCUCAACUCGUGGAGGAGGUUUUACACAAGACUGGCCAACAGUAAACAGGGGGAGACCACAGUGUAAUGUGGUCCAACCUUGUCCCCCCACACAGACUGCUUAGUGACAAACUGAAUGAUAAUCCACUUCAUUAUUUUCUUUUGAUUUUUCUCGGACUUGCAGAAGAUACUUGGUAUGUUUUUUAAUGUACAUAUGCAUUUGUGAGAUUUUUGUAAGUAUAUAUUUGUAUUUAAAGAUUUUAAGAAAUUCUUUCUUUUUUAAAACACCUUUUUUUCAUACUUUGGACAUUAUGGAAUUGUACUUAAUCAUCACAAAGAGCCAGCUGACCAUCAAGGAUCCUGAGGUCCCAUGACCUGACUUACUGUGGACACCACUGGGAGUAUUUCACAUGGAGUGCUUGUGUCUUUGAUCAGUGAACUGCCUGUGAGCGGUGGGUCUAUUCUAAGCAGAGUCCCGUGAAACCCAAGUGCUUCCUCGUGGCUCCCUCUUAUCCUGAUUAACCAGCUGUAGUUUGUGUCUGUUAUACAGUCGAGCAGCAGUUGCCCAGGUCUGAAGGGAAAUGUCAGCAGUCUGGGACAAGAACUGGUGCACAGGUUGUGAAUGUGAGGCAUUGUGACAGAUGCUUGCGGUCUGUAGCUCAGGCCCUGACAGUUAUAUCAUUCCUUUCCAAAUAAAGCACACGUAAUUAUGCCACGUUAAAGGACCACACCAGUGUUUUUGCAUGUUUUAGUUCGGAAAUGUAUGUGUAUUUUACAAUAUUGCCUCCUCUCCGGCGGUACUGAAAUUGGGUUUCUCUGACCUACCUGGAAACAUUUUUCCUUUUAUUGAGCUACAAUUUGUGAAUCAUCCCACAGGUACGUUUAAAUAGCUCGAUUUAGGGAAUUCUGCACAGUGACCAUCACAACUGCUUAUUUUUGUUAUAGUUAUGUUACUGUUGCAAAUGCAGGUGGUUGAUUUCCUGCAGUGUGACACAACAAUUUCACAACUUUAACCAAAAUAAAAGCAGAUGAGAGUUUUCCACUGGUGUAUUAAAUGACAGCUUAAAACAAAGCAAACAUUUCAUCAUGGUGUGAGCUGUAAUGUGAAAUGCAUGUGCUACAAGGGUCUUAAACAUGCACAAAUACUCGUUUAUUCCUUAUUAACAGCGAUUCAAAAUGGACUGUAUUUGUGUUUAGUGAACUUAGAAUUAAAAAAUCUGCCUGCAGUGGCAAUUUGAGUUUUUAAAACACACAGCUGGAAAACAUGCAAAUUGAGCAGAAGAGCUGUGUGCGUGUGAAAGCACAUUUUAAAUUUAAACCAGUUUUUUCCUGCAUACAGUGCUGUGUUAAAUCAUUGGACACCCUUUGGACUUUACAGUUUAUUUAGCUCCCCAAUUCAUGUUGUGUGUUACACCAGAGCAAUAAGAACACCAGAUUUAUUUUCAUGCGUAUAAUUCAGCUAAAGGAGAGAAAAGAAGGUGCACCCUUUGUGUCAGCAGAGCAGAGCCAAGAUGAUUUGAAUAAUGGAUUUGAUUUUUGAAAGAAAAUUAAUCAGAUUCUAUUAAUAACUGAUUUAUCAUUUCAGUUACUUAUCAAGCAAAAAUGCCUCAUUUGGUCAUUAAUGAUGGUGAACUGGAUAUAUCUUGGUUUGGGUGUUGGAACAUUUUAAUUGGUGUUUUUUUCUGACUUUUUUAAGGUUAUUUUUUAAUUGUGCACACUGCAUAUAAAUCUAUAAUGAAAAUUAUUGUUACUGUCACGUCCCAUGCUGCUCAGAUAUGUUGUAACUGCAGGUUUUGAAUAUAAUUCUGAUCAUUUUUUGACUUUUGUUGCCAGCAAAAGCUAAAAACUACUUCCAGUAGAUUUUUUUUAAUAAAUUAUAAGAUGUAGCAUGGAUUCAGUUUUUUAAAAACAUGAGACUGUUGUGGAAUGUGAGGCUUAUGGACAGAUUAGGGUUCGAGGUAGUUCAGGUUUCAAAAGGAAAAUACAUGAUAAUACCCCCCUUUCUUUAUCUGAGAUGAGAGGUGAUGCUCUCAGAUACUGAACAGCCAGUUCAUCCACAUCUGUUUUU